AUGUCAAAAGCAUCUCGCAAUAGUCUACCCCGCACGGGUGUGGCCACACUCCUAGCAGGACUAAAGACGCCCGGCGAAAUACAGCUGCCCAACGGCGCAGUGAUACCAGUCGGCAUCGGCGAGCCAGUUUAUCGAGUGAUUUUCCGCUCGGAGAGUGCGCUGCGCACACCAAUGACAGAAAUGGGCGUUGGCCGAGCUUAUCUAUCUGGUGAUAUCGAGGUUGAGGGUGACUUGGGCGCCUUGUUCAACGCCCGCCAAAAUCUACAGGAGAAAGUGCCUCUGCGACAGAAAUUCCAGUUCGUGUAUGAUUUUCUCCGGACCGCGACCAAGAUGAACGCCAAGGCGAUCGGUGAUCACUACGGUCUCGAUGACGGGUUCUUCCUCUCCUUCCUUGACAAGCGUUUCCGGUUCUAUACCCACGGUUUGUUCCAGCGACCGGACGAGACGCUCGAAGAAGCCUCUGAGCACAAAAUGGAGACCAUGUUUGCUUCUCUCGGCCUCAAACCAGGUAUGAGAAUUCUUGAUAUUGGUGGUGGGUGGGGUGGUGUGACUCAGUAUUGUGGUGCUCGAGGAGUCCAUGUCACGACGUUGACGAUCGCGCCCAAUAGCGCUCGUUAUGUGCAGCGUGUUAUAGAGGAGAAGAAUGUCCCUGGUCAAGUCUUCGUACAAGACUUUCUUGAUCAUAACCCAGAGGAGCCAUACGACCAUGUUGUGAUAUUAGGGGUGAUUGAGCAUAUCCCUAAUUAUCAACGAUUUGCACGCAGGAUGUGGGAUGUGUUGAAGCCCGGUGGCCGUAUGUACCUUGACGGUUCGGCAGCUGUUGAGAAGUUUGCUGUUAGCUCUUUUACCAGAGACUAUAUUUGGCGUGGCACGCACACUUUCAUGACUCUUCAGGACGUCCUUGCUGAGCUCUUAUACCACGGGUUUGCGGUGCUGGAUGUUACUAAUGAGACUCGGGACUACGAGCUCACAAUGUUGGAAUGGGCAAAGCGUCUAGAUUCGUCCAAAGACGAUCUUAUCGCGGCUUGGGGAGAACAUAAUUAUCGUAUCUUUCGCCUGUUCUUGUGGGGUGGUACGCAUGCAUUCAAGACCAAUGCCUUGCAGGCUUACCAUGUAGUCGCGGAACGAACAUCUUCUCCUGGGCCACGUCCAUCGAUUCCCCGACGAUUCCGCCAGUUUCUGAGCAACCUGCGUUGA